AUGGGAGUCGUUCCGUCGUCGUUCCUUAAUGAAUGCAGUUGUCGUGAACAGGUUCCAAAUCUGGACGAUCUUCAUUGGAGUGAGUAUAGUAGAUUGUGUGCUUCCUGUAGAAAAGAGAUUGCACGAAGGAAGCUUCUUUCAAAAUACUCGAAUACCAAUGCAUCGAGAAGAGCCUCUACUGGGUCCGCUCUUCCACCAAAGACGUUAUUCUUAAUAUCGAAAUCUACGGCAUCAAGUCCUCCGAAUACGGACCCGUUAUCCUUGAGGACACCUUCAAGUGCUCCUUUAUCGUCCUCCCCUAUUACAUCAUCUUCCACCGCACCUUUAGAAAACAUACAGCAAAUUAUGAAUGAACUGAAAAAUCAAAUUCCAGACACCUUAUUUUCUUCCUCGAAAGCAACUAGUACUAGUACUCCUCCUCAAUACCUUACUCCUUCAUAUCAAUCUCCCUUAUUCUCAAAAACACGCCCAUCACUAAAAACACAAACCUCCACAACAAAACCAUCGUUGUUAACGGUUGAAAUGAAAGCUGCCGAUGAACGAGAUUCUUUUCUUCAGAAAACUUCAUCAGUAGCUGCAUGCAGCACGAAGGAAACAUCACUAACUCAUUCUGUAAAUUACCCCCAUUUGAAACAUCGUGCUACGAAUCUUCAAGGAUCACAAUCUGUUCCAAUCGUAAGAAAGAGAAAAACAACGCUGCAAAGAGAUGAAUUCUCUAUGCCAUCGUCACUUUAUGUAAAACAGCCAAGAAACAACUCGAUCCAAGCCAAUCAAACACCUCCCAAAAACUAUUUGCAAGUUUCUACGUCUCCAGAAACCACUGCGGGGACACCUCCUAAAAUUACUCUGAAUUUGGGAUCUGCUUUUCCAAACCAUGGCAAUUCAGACAUGCCCAUUUACGUUAUUCCUCCACAAUCUCCUCCGAGAGGGAGUCCAAACCAAACCACAAAGAAAAUUCAAAAUCAUUUAGCUCAAAUUCACCAGAAAAAACACAAAAAGAAAUUGAAAUCUCGAACUUUUGUUUUAAAUUGA